AUGUUGCAUGUAUAAUAAGUCAGUUGCUGAUCCUCUAUGUCAUUUGACUAGUUCUUCGCAUACAGAAGUCGUUAGUAGAGGUGGCGAUGGUACCAUCGUUGCAUUGAUUUUUGACAUCUUACAUUCUUAUGCCGGGGACCUAGAAACAGUUCUGACAAAUGAAAUAGACUAUCCAGUUGAUUUGAUAAUUAGUGGAUUCUUAGCACUUACUAGAAUCGCUCAAUCCUUCCUUCAUCUUGAUAAGACUUCUGCAGAAUCUAUACUGACAUCAAGUCGAAGAGAGCAGCACUCUCGUCUCUUUUUCCUUGUUCGUCUUUCUGACAAAUGUAUUUCAGUAUUCGAGCCAUAUGUGAUGCUUCUACUCGCAUCCAUUUUUUCCCUUGAAAAUAGGAAGACUUCAUCCAUUUCUGAAAUAGCUUUGAGUAUAAUUCCAAAUAGCACAGAACUUUGUUCUAAUCUCAAAGAUGUCAUUGAAAGCAAGUCCUCAACCCUUCAGGCCUCUAUGGAUGGGACUGUUGGCUUGUUACUGGCGAGACUGAAAUGGGAUGAGGACUUAACUAUUGAGCAGUUUGGCAGUGGUGUCCUUGAAACUCUUGUUGAUUUGGUGGGAGGAAAUACCCCUUCAUUAGAUAAUCAAAUUGAGCUUUCACCCAUUGGAGUUUAUUGGAUAGUUACCUUACUAGAUUGUUGCUAUAAGGAAUGCAAUGGAAAUUUUUUCAAUUCCAAGAAAUACAUCAAGUUUAUGUCUGGCUUGAUAUCGGAUGUAUAUCUUGAGGGUAUGAAGCGUUGUGAUGGAAUUGGUGGAUGCAAUGAUGUCGGAUUUACAGUUGUUGCUGUCAGUGAGCUCCUAAUAUCACCAUUUGAAGAACCAAAAGAUGCAUAUUGGAUGCAAAUAUACAAUGAAUGCCUUCUGGAGGUAGGAAUUCCCGGACAAGUAGUCAAGUGUCUGGGACAUGUGGAAUUAGAAAAUGCUGCAACACUACCUUUUGUUGAAACACUAGUUUCCUUGUUAGCCAGAAUGACUCAUCAUCGAUCAGUCAUUGCUCAAAUUAUUGACAAAGGUCUCUUUCAUCCAAUUACAACGAAAAGGUUACGUGAUACUCCGUUAACGAGAGAAGUCAGACUGAACAUUCUGAAGAUAAUUUCAAAUAUAGCUCCUACAGAUAAGGAGGUUUACUAUGAGGAGCAGAUAGAAGAAGCAGCCAUCUUACCUUUCCUUCCACUAUUUCUUACACAUGAAAAUCCCAGAGUGCGUAUGCAGUUUUGCAGCACUGUAUGCUGUAUGUGUGUUCAUAACAACUACUUUUAUGGUUUGCUAGAAAAGCAUGAAAUAGUUCCUCACUUGCUUGCCUGCUACUUUGAUCUGGCCACAAGCACUCGUGGCGAUUCAAUUGCUGCUUUAGCACUUCACAGUGACUCGCUUCAUGAAGAGGUGGGGAGAUGUAUACCCCAACUCACGAAGUCCCGGCUUUCGGCUGAAGGGUGGUACAUCACAAACAGUAUUGCACAUUGUAGACUAAGAAUUCUUGUUAGAGAGUGCACUAAGUUUUGUAAAGAUAGCAUUUCGAAUGGAGCAAUGGAGUUUUCUUAUCAGAAGCAAUUAUGGAAAUGGCGAGUUAGAGUUCGAAAAAUGAACCGUUAGAAAAACUUCAUUAUUUAUGCAGACCCUCAAGACUUACAAAUCUUCAUUUUAUGCAAUUUUGUCCCCAUUAAUUGGAUGCAAAGGUGGAAAUGGCGAUUUAGACAUGGCAAUAAGGCCUCUUCCUAUCGCAUUGAGAUUUGGUCGUCGUGCUUCUCGUCGUUGUCGUCAUGAUAGGCAGGAGGUCAUCAUUUGGUCGUCGUCCUUGUUGGGUUAAUCUUGAUGGGUCAGGUACAAGUCCGGGUCAGUUGAUGGGUCAUGAGCAGAAACUGGGUCAUGGGUAUGAAGAAGUCAAGUUUGACCGAGUUUGGAGGAAAAGAAUCUGGGUAGUGGACGUUGUGAAGCUAGCUAAAAGAAAGGAACAUGGGCUCCUAUUUUGUAGUUCAGUUUGUUUAUUUUGGCAUGUGUUUUGUUUGCACGUUAGGAUUAUGUAGGUUAUAAAUAGCGUGUUUGUUUAGUGAAUGAGAUAAGUGCAGUUUUCCUAUUUCCAUUACUUUCUUCAAUAUAUUCUGCAAGU